CCAAGUUGUAUUCCUGGAAACGGCGAAGUUGAUGUUGCAACGAGCACUCCCAUAAUAACAACAACAACGUUACCUAUCACAACCACAACUACGACUACAGUCAGUACAACAACCACAAUGAUGCCAAUAACAACUACAACAGAAGCCAUCACAACUACCACAAUGAUUCCAACAACAUCCACAAUGCCAACGACCACAACAACAUUGUUGCCAACUACAACUACCACAGAAGCAACUACAACAACCACUGAAUUGCCAACAAUAACAACAACUACUACAAUGAUGCCAAGCACUACAACAACAACGGAACCCACAACAACUACCACAAUGAUGCCAAGCACCACAACUACAUUGGAGCCAACAACUACUACUUUAGAACCAACUACAACAACUGCGGAACCCACAACAACUACAAUGCUGCCAACUACAACUACCACAUUACAGCCAACAACCACUACAACAACUCUGGAACCAACUACAACAACCACAACAUUGGAACCCACUACUACUACAACUUUGGAGCCCACAACAACAACCACAACUACCACAUUGGAACCCACAACUACCACAUUGGAACCCACAACUACCACAUUGGAACCCACAACUACCACAUUGGAACCCACAACUACCACAUUGGAACCCACAACUACCACAUUGGAACCUACUACUACCACUACAACCAUGGAACCCACAACAACAACCACAAUGCUACCAACUACAACUACCACAUUAGAACCCACUACCACCACCACAACUAUAGAGCCCACAACAACAACCACAAUGCUGCCAACGACUACUACAACAACAUUAGAACCCACUACAACAACCACAAUGCAGCCAACCACCACAACCGAACCAACCACAACAACUACUACGACUGAAGUUCCCACAACAACUACCACUGAAGCCAUCACAACCACCACAACGAUGCUGCCAACACCAUCCGGGCCACGUACACCAAAUGAAAUAUGUCUCGACGAGGGAGUACCUGGAUUUUUCCCACCCGAUGAUGAUCCAACGUGUACCAACUUCGUUGUCUGCUAUGGUAAUCCAUUGAAGGGUAUGCUGAACACCUGCUCCACUGGACAAUAUUUUGAUCCAGUGCUGAAAUUUUGUUCAACAGAAAUACCUCCAGGUUGUCCAGGGGGAAGUUCUACAACUAGUACUUCUACAACCACUGCACCCGAACCCAUAAUUACAACAACCACCACCACAACUACUACCACAGCAGCUCCUACAACAACACCAACCACCACAACUACGACAACUACUACUUCUACUACCCCGGCAGCACCUGCAGAACCUCGUGAUCCAAAUCAAAUUUGUGUGGAUGCUGGUAGUACGGGUUCAUAUAAAACCGAUGAUGAUGUUACCUGUACGAAGGUUGAGUCAAUCGAACUAACAUUUCGGGUGCUAUUCGCCAUUUCCCUGACCACCAUCAAUGCGUAUUGUAAUGUGUGCCAGGAGAGCAAUCAAGUAGCCUGUCAUGGUCUUAAUCAUUAUUCGUUGUGUGUAGAUGGUGUUCCCACUGCUGAGUAUAAAACAUGUCCUGGCGAUUAUAUCUGCACGGGCGGUGAAUUAAUUUGCUAUCCCCCGAAUGGUGACAAUGUUGCCAGUUGCCCACUGGCCGAAAAUGAUGCAUUAAUGCGUGAGGGUCUUCAGUGUGGUAUCUGUGAUGAAGACAAAGUGUUUGCAUGUCUUAGUGAAACAAGCUAUAGUUUCUGUUUUGGUCAAGAAUCCAUAGUAGCUAAACCAGGUGAUCUUGUCAUGGACUGCCCGCCAAAUACUGUUUGUAAUAUAAAUUACAAGGCGGAUUUUUGCUAUGAUAAUACAUUGGCUAAACCAAGUUGUGUUCCACCUCUCCCCGAUGAAGAUAAUAUUACAACAACUAAGGAACCAGAAACAACAACCACUGAAUUGCCAACUACAACAACCGAAAUACCAAAAACAACAACAACUCAAUUACCCACAACUACAACCGAAUUACCUACAACAACUACUGAAUCACCAACUACAACAACCGAAAUACCGACAACAACAACUGAAUUACCUACAACUACAACUGAAUUGCCAACAACAACAACUGAAUUACCAACAACAACAACCACCACAAUACAACUACCACGGAGAGCACAACCAUGUCCCCGACCACCAUUGCAACCACAACUGAAGAAUCCACAACAAUUCCAACUACCACCACCAGCACCACAACAGAAGAACCUACCACAGAAUCUACAACGACGACGACAACAAUAA